AUGUCCAGCAUAUUGAUCACAGGCGCCACUGGUAAACAGGGAAGCUCCCUAAUACAGAACCUUGUUCUGAAGAAUGCUCCUUAUCAGAUCCUUGCUGUGACUCGCAACACUCAGUCUCCAUCUGCACAGAAAUUGAUCCAGAAGUAUCCCGAUAUUACUAUCGUUCAGGGAGACCUGGAUCAUCCCGCUGAGCUCUUCAAGAAGGCACAGAGUCUGAGCCCUAAGCCGAUAACGAGUGUAUUCAGUGUUCAGCUCGCAAUCGGAAAUACUUCAUCUGAAGAAUCCCAGGGCAAGAAUCUCGUUGACGAGGCUCUCAAGCAUGGCGUGAAACACUUUGUAUACAGCUCUGCCGAUCGCGGUGGCUCUAAAUCAAUCAAUAACCCGACCGACGUCCCGCAUUUCAUCAGCAAGCACAACAUCGAGAAACACCUGAUUGAAAAGACCCAAAAUGAAGGCAUGGCCUGGACGAUUUUACGACCGGUUGCAUUUUAUGAAAACCUUGAGCCGAAUUUCUUGGGAAAGGUCUUUGCAACGUCUUUCAGGAUGUCGUUGAAGGGCUCUCCCCUGCAAAUGAUCGGAGUUAAUGAUAUUGGCGCUGUGGCUGCGGAGGUCUUCUUGAAUCCUGAGAAAUACAAGGGUCAGGAGAUAUCGCUUGCUGGGGAUGAACUUACAUACACCCAAUUCGAGAAGAUAUUCAAGGAAAAGACUGGGAAGUCCUCUGUUCCCACUACGUUCCAGUUCCUGGUCUCGGGGUUCAUGUAUAUGGUGAAGGACUUCGGGUAUAUGUUCAGAUGGUUCCAUGAUGAAGGGUUCGGGGCUAAUGUAGAGGAAGUCCGCAAGAUUCAUCCCGGCUUGAAGGACUUUGGGACUUGGUUGGAGACCGAGAGUGCUUUCGCCAAGUAA